AUGGUGCUCUACCACAGGGAGUUUGACAAGGCAGGCAGGGUAGCCGGUCUCCAGAUAUGGAGGAUAGAGAAGAUUGAGCUGUGCCCUGUGCCUGAGAACCUGCACGGGAACUUCUAUGUUGGGGACGCGUACGUGGUCCUCCACACUGUCAAACAGCGGGAUAGCUGUUUCUACGACCUGCACUACUGGCUGGGUGAGUUGGAGUGUGUGUGUGGUGAAUGAUGGACAGAGUCAGGCGCAGGAGUAAAAUAACCGGAUGCAGAUUUAUUCCUUCCAGGCAUACAAUGCGCCUACAACGGCAAUCGAAACAGGUACAGGGGAAACAAUUCUCCCUGACCAAACACAGUCUCAGAAAAUACAAUAAAUGUAAUGACACAGGGGAAAAUCAACCCUGGCAAAAUAAAUGAGAGAGUAUCUCAACCGAGCUACUCUCCUCCCACAUAGAACAAUCACUCACAAAGACAAGGGGGCAGAGGGAACACUUAUACACAGACUAAUUAGGGGAUGAGCACCAGGUGUGUGUGAUUGACAAGACAAGACAAGCUGACUGAUGAGAAUGGGAGCGGCAGUAGCUAGUAAGCCGGUGACGACGAACGCCAAAACCUGCCCGAACAAGGAGGGGAGGCAGCCUCGGCGGAAGUCGUGACAGUACCCCCCAACCCCCCCCUCUUUGACGCGCAGCUCCAGCAGCGCGCCGACCCCGGCCUCGGGGACGGCCAGGAGGACACAAAGCAGGGCAAGCCGGAUGGCGAUGGUGAAAAUCCUGCAACAGGGAGGGAUCGAGGAUGUCCCUCUCCGGGACCCAGCACCGUUCCUCCGGACCGUACCCCUCCCACUCCACGAGGUACUGAAGGCCCCCCACCCGACGCCUCGAAUCCAGGACGGAACAGACCUAGUACACCGGGGCCCCCUCGAUGUCCAGAGGAGGUGGAGGGACCUCCCGCACCUCAGACUCCUGGAGCGGACCAACCACCACCGGCCUGAGGAGAGACACAUGAAACGAGGGGUUAAUACGGUAAUCAGGGGGAAGUAAUAACCUGUAUGUGACCUCGUUUAUCCCCCUCAGGGCUUUAAACGGCCCCACAAACCGCGGGCUCAGCUUCUGGCAGGGCAGGCGGAGUGGCAGAUUCCGGGUUGAGAGCCAGACCCGAACCCCCGGUACGAAGACCGGGGCCUCCCUGCAGUGGUGGUCAGCGUUGGCCUUCUGACGACGCACGGCACGCUGGAGGUGAACGUGGGCAGCGUCCCAAGUCUCCUCCGCGCGCCGAAACCAGUCAUCCACCACAGGAGCCUCGGUCUGGCUCUGGUGCCACGGUGCCAGAACCGGUUGGUAACCUAAAACACAUUCGAAGGGCGUUAGGUUAGUGUAGGAGUGGCGGAGAAAGUUCUGGUCAUAUUCUGCCCAUGGCAAGAACACUGACCACUCCCCCGGCCGGUCCUGGCAGUAGGUCCGCAGGAACCUACCCACAUCUUGAUUAACCUUUUCCACCUGCCCAUUACUCUCGGAGUGGAAUCCAGAGGUCAGGCCGACCGAGACCCCCAGGCGAUCCAUGAACGCCUUCCAGACCCUAGACAUGAACUGGGAACCUCGGUCGGACACUAUAUCCUCUGGUACCCCGUAGUGCCAGAAUACGUGAGUAAACAGGGCCUCAUCCUCCACAGUUUUUAGGGCUGUGGGGAGACCGGGCAGAGGAAGGAGGCGGCAGGACUUCGAAAAGCGGUCCACAAUGACCAGGAUGGUGGUGUUACCUUGGGACAGGGGAAGAUCAGUAAGAAAAUCAAUACUUAGAUGAGACCAUGGUCGUUGUGGAACUGGUAAUGGUUGCAACUUGGUGCCUUACUCUGGGUGCACACCAAGCAGGAGGAGAUGUACAACCUCACGUCCUUAGCCAAGGUAGGCCACCAGUAUUUAUCAGUCAGGCAGCGCACUGUACGACCGAUACCUGGGUGACCAGAGGAGGGUGACGUGUGUGCCCAGUGGAUCAAACGAUCGCGGAUAAGAGCAGGCACGGACCGCAGCCCAGCUGGACACUGAGAUGGAGAUGGAUCUGUGCGAAAUGCCCGCUCUAUAUCCGCGUCCAUCGCCCAUACUACCGGCGCCACGAUGCAGGAGGCUGGGAGUAUGGGGGUAUCUCAACCGAGCUACUCUCCUCCCACAUAGAACAAUCACUCACAAAGACAAGGGGGCAGAGGGAACACACAGACUAAUUAGGGGAUGAGCACCAGGUGUGUGUGAUUGACAAGACAAGACAAGUGGAGUGAUGAGAAUGGGAGCGGCAGUAGCUAGUAAGCCGGUGACGACGAACGCCGAAACCUGCCCGAACAAGGAGGGGAGGCAGCCGCGGCAGAAGUCGUGACAGUGUGUGUGUAUGUGUGUGUGUGUGCGUAUGUGUUUGUGCGUGAGUGUGUGCGCGUACGCGCAUUCAUGUGUGCUUUCGUGCAUGUUUCCUCAGGCUGUUCCAGCAGGAUGUCACAUGCUGGAUGAUUUGUUUACUGACGGAGGGUUAUCAAACAUUGGAGAUUUAUGUGAACACAUUUAGGGAGUGCUUCAUAGAUGUUAAAGUUUUAUAGCUACAGGCUGAAAUCAAUGGCAUAAUAUUCUCAUAAUAUUUUCAUUAACAUUAAUAAAUACAUUGGCAAGAAAUAAAACAACUUAGCAUCAAAAGGCAUAAUGUACUAACAGUGUUAUAACACAUUAACUUCAUAGGAUCAUAUCUGUGUAGAUGUAUUAAUAUAGGAGAAGAACAGAUUGUACAUACAAGACUGAACAAGAGAGAUGGUUUUGCUUGUGUUUCAGUUAAUAUUCAGAUAAAUGUUUUGUCUUGCCCAUUCACCCUCUGAAUGGCACACAUACACAAUCCAUGUCUCAAUUGUCUCAAGGCUUAAAAAUCCUUCUUUAACCUGUCUCCUCCCCUUCAUCUACACUGAUUGAAGUGGAUUUAACAUGUGACCUCAAUAAGGGAUCAUAGCUUUCAGCUGGAUUCACCUGGUCAGUCUAUGUUAUGGGAAGAGCAGUUCUUAAUGUUUUGUAUACUCAGUGUAUGUAUUAUAUGUGUUGUUGUCCCCCAUAGUAGUGUCACUGUCAUUUCACAACUGUGUGAGGUCUCGAGGUGCUGUUGUCUGUUACUGUAGACAGAAGUAAAGUAGAAGCAAGUCAGCCAAUCUUGUCAUCAGCUGAGCUGAAAACAAUUUUUUUGCCUGAAGUAGGAAACAAAAGUAUUAUCUGGUUAAAGGUCGGGCGAGUUGACAUAUCCUCACGCUUCCUGGAUAAUUCUCAGAUUUUAAGAUUCUGAGAUAAGGUCAUUCCAGGCAGAGGUUGUACACUAUAUCAGUCAUCAUUGCACACAUCAUGGGACAAUUAUGUUUUCCCUUCCUAUCAGGACUAUAGCCACUCUGGAAAACGAUCAAGCCUUUUCAUUAACCUUUGAGUAACUACUCUGUUCAGCUGUCUCAGAGUACACACUACCUGAAAAUACUGUAAGUUUAAGGUAGAGUACUGUAGAAACAUUGUUGUUCAGCUGUUGUGGUGGAACUAUGGAACCAUACAAGUCUGUAACACCAGCUUCCUUCCUUGACACAUAAUUAGAUCAUUCUCUCACUCUCUCUAUCUCUCUCUCUCUCUCUCUCUCCUCCUCCUCUCUCUCUCCGCACUCACCAACUCCCAUCUGAAUACAAACAUCAAUAGCACCACUAAGAUGUUAUGUUGUCCUUCCUCUCCUCCCUCAUUCCCUCAUCAUCAUCAUGAAUCAUUAACCAGUAAAGACACUAAUGGACCUCCAAUGGGUUUCCUUCCCAUUUUGCUUGCUGCUAUGGGCUUACAUUUCUUCCUCAGUUCCUUCAUUCAGUCACCCAUUAAAUUAGAAUGGCCUCAUGCUGUAGACUAAUGUUUAACUACUGUAGGUUAGUCACACCAAAAUAGCAGGUAUGACUUGGACUGUUUACUUACCUCAUCAGGCCUACAAGGUAUCACUAACAGGGUUCCAGCUCCUGUUGUUAAACCUCUGUAGUGGUGUGCAGCCACCCAUACAUUUACAAUGGCAACAUGCAAGGCUGGUAGAUUCUGUUUCAGAGCGAACAUUUGUUGACUGCAACACCAGUGAGAUUAUUGUUGCCAAGAUAUGUCUACAAGGGUGACAAAAAAGAUGUGAACAAAAAAGACACACGCCACACAGUUUUACAAUAAAGCAUACUAUGAGCAUCAGAGUGAUAACAUCAACCAGGCAGUCUGUGCUAAAGUUGUGCUAAAGUUUCUCUGUCUAAACUUGAAUACUCUCUCAUUUCAUACUAACAUUUAUCAUAUUGUAUUUAAGUACUGUACCACUCAUGCUCUCUCCUCAGGGAAGGAGUGCAGCCAGGAUGAGAGCACGGCAGCGGCUAUCUUUACUGUUCAGCUGGAUGACUUUCUAGGAGGGAAGCCUGUCCAGUACCGAGAACUGCAGGGGUUCGAGUCCACUGCCUUCACACGAUACUUCAAGGGAGGCAUCACAUACAAAGUACGGUAUUGUCUUACUGAUGCAUUUUAUUUCCGUUUAUUUCACCAAUAUUAGAUUUGUUCCUUUAUCUGUCUUACUGCUAUUUACUACUAGAAUAUAUGGUGUUAUAUUGAACCAGAAAGCACCCUUAUUUUUAGCAGUGAACAUUCAUUGCAUUUGCCACAUUUCACAUUUCAGGCCCUGGGCAUCAUAUGCUAGGUGUGCUAUUAAAUAAACGCUUGUUGUAACGUUUUGUUUGGCCCUGACCAUGGGCAGCAACAGUGACUCAUGGGAUGGAAAAGGAACUUGGUGUAGAGGGAAAAGGAAAACAGUUAUGUGUUCCACACGUUGUUUGUUUUCUUGGUCCUGAACCUUUCUUGAUUUUACUACUUGACACGCUACCCUUGUUCAACCUCACAGGGUACUCAUAGGCCCUGACAUUGCCUUUUAUAUGUUGUUUCAGGGAUGUUUGUGUUGGGUACUACGUAACUGUGUACCUUGUUUUGUAUGUGAUGUAUACUACGUAUGUACAUCUGCGUCUUGAAUUGCUUUUAAACUGAGCAAGACAAAUUCCCUCUUGAAGGCAAUAAAGUAUUCUGUUCUAUCCUAAUCGACUCUUUUCUAUUCUACUCUAUUUUAUUCUAUUCUAUCCUGUUCUAUUCUAGGCCGGAGGCGUGGCCUCUGGGUUCCAUCACGUGGUCACCAACGACCUGUCAGCUCGGAGACUAUUCCACAUCAAAGGUCGCCGCGUCGUCAGGGCAACCGAGGUCACCCUCAACUGGUCCAGCUUCAACAGAGGGGACUGUUUCAUCGUGGACCUGGGAGCAGUAUGUUUAGAUUCAUUGAUUGAUCUACUGAUUGACUGAUUGAGUCAUCGAUGGAUCGGUAGAUUGUACUUUGGCCUCCCUCUAUGUGAGAGUUUACCAUAUAGAUAUAGAACAUGUAUCAAUGAUAUAGUGUCUAUGGUGGUAACACUGCCUCUGCCAAGAGGUCCAGACUUUUAUGGCACAUAUGGUAGUGCACACAGUGGCCCUGUAAGAACAGUUCAUUUGUUUGACUGUAACUUUCCUGAGAAACCCGACUCAUUGUCUAGACUUGACUCUGUAAACAAACUUCAAAUUCUGCUGAAACACAAAUAUUGUCUGUUCGGCAUGAAGGUCUGUUAUUGUCUUAAGUCCAAAACAAUGUAGGCCUACGGUAUGUUGACUUAAGGUGGGUGUAUGUAUCAAGCUCAUUUGAUAUACAAGGUAUUCUAAUGUUUACCAAAUUAAAUCCAAAAGCUAUACUGUUCACUCCUGUUUGAAUAUUGCCAGAAAUCAGGAUGUAUUGCCACAAAACAGUGACCCACUGGGUUUGAACCGGGGUCGUCGGCUUGCCACAAGAUUUUGUUAGUUAGCCCUCGAAGCUAAAGCCUUUAUGCACCUGGAACUUCAUAAAGUGUGCAACAACCCUCUUUUCAACUGAACCAUAUAUGUUACCUGUCUCUAGGUUAUCUACCAGUGGUGCGGUUCAGAGUGCAACAAGUUUGAGCUCCUGAAGGCAGCGCAGGUGGCUGCCGGUAUCCGUGACAAUGAGAGGAAUGGCCGAGCAAAGCUGGUUGUCGUGGAGGAAGGGAGCGAGCCGUCUGAGUUAACUGAGGUGACAGAUGCUAAUUCAACAAAAGUGAUUAUCUGGUUAAAGGGUUGACAUAUUCUGACGCUUCCUGGACAAUUCUCAGAUUCUGAGAUAAGGUCAUUUCAGGUCGGAAACUAUAUCAGUCAUCGUUGCACACAUCAUGGGACGGUGAUGUUUUCCCUUCCUAUCAGGACUAUAGCCACUCUGGAAAACAAUCAAGCCUUUUCACUAACCUUUGAGUAACUACUCUGUUCAGCUGUCUCAGAGUACACACUACCUGAAAGUACUGUCAGUUUAAGGUAGAGUACUGUAGAAACAUUGUUGUUCAGCUGUUGUGGUGGAACUAUGGAACCAUGCAAGUCAAGACUACUGAUCUGUAACACCAGCUUCCUUCCUUGACACACCAUUAUAUCUUUGUCGUGGAGGAAGGGAGCGAGCCAUCUGUGUUAACUGAGGUGACAGAGGCUAAUUCAACACAAUAUUUAACUUUCAUUCCCUAGUCUAGUGUUUUAAAUUAGUUGCAAAACUGUAUGACAGUUAAAUAAUCUACUUUUGUGUGCCAUCAUGUUUCUAUCUCUAUUAACACAAGUCACUGUGACUUAUCUUCCUGGUUUUUGUAUUUGUGUUUUUACCUGUCAACCCUAUCAGGUGCUUGGCAACAAGCCAGAUCUACCAGAAGGUGAUGACAAUGAUGAUAUGGUGGCAGAUAUCUCCAACAGGAAGAUGGCCAAACUCUACAUGGUAUGGUCACACUCUUACACACAUAUAUACACAUACACACACACACACCACACACAUACACACACACAUACACACACACACACACACACACACACACACACACACACACACACACACCACACACACACACACACACACACACACACACACACACACACACACACACACACACACACACACACACACACACACACACACACCACACACACACACACACCACAUACACACACACACACACACACACCACACACCACACACACACAUACACACACCACACACACCACAUACACACAUUCAAACUCAUCUCGUUGUUGUUCCUUCCAGGUAUCUGAUGCGUCCGGAGCGAUGCAGGUGACCCUGGUCUCAGAGGAGAACCCGUUCUCUCAGAGCCAUCUGCUGUCUGACGAGUGUUUCAUCCUGGACCACGGGAAGAGCAAGAUGAUCUUCGUCUGGAAAGGUAGAUAUUUAAACUGCUUAACAUCUUUAUCUUGACAAACAAUCUAAAUUCAUCCCCUCAUCCUUCUAUACCUCCCAUCUUUUUUGUACCUCUUCUUCUGCAUGAAUCAUCCAUCAUCACCCAUAAAGGCCGUAACGCCAACCCAAGCGAGAGGAAGACUGCCAUGAAGACUGCUGAGGGCUUCAUCCAGCAGAUGGGCUACCCACCUAACACACAGGUUCAUGCUCAUUAUCAUCCAUCUAGCAUCAGUCAUAAUUGCUAUGUUUGGAUCAUUUGGUUGGAUCAACUCGUGACUUAAAUAUCAUGUCAGUUCAUGUCCUGCUAAACUGAUCAGGACUGACGUUCAUAGAAACAACUCCUCUUUAUCGCCAGAUCCAGGUACUCCCAGAGGGUGGGGAGACUCCUAUCUUCAAGCAGUUCUUCCAGGGGUGGAGGGAUAAGAACCAGAGCGAGGGGUUAGGGAAGGUCUUUGUGACUGAGAGGAUCGCUAAGAUACAUCAGGUGGAGUUCGACGCCUCCAAGCUCCAUGAGUCCCAGAGCAUGGCAGCCCAGUAUAACAUGGUGGACGACAGCACAGGGGACACUCAGGUAUAGGACCAAGUGUUACCGCCACAAGACUUUGGUAGCCCACUGAGCUAAGGUCUAAGCAAUAGAUCGGGGCGCUAACACAGGCCUUCAGGUAUCAGGCAUGGUUCCUCAUUACGCAAGCGUUACAAGGAGUGAAUAAUCAAAUAUGCUAAUGUAAAAUGAGUCAGGUGUUUUAUUCUACUGACAAUCCCAAUCACAUGGAUUGUAAACAAAUGAUAGUAGAAUAGCCAGUUUCAUGUUCCAGAUCUUCAGAGUGGAGACCAGUGGUCGAGUCCCAGUCGACCCAAAGACGUAUGGCCAAUUCUAUGGAGGAGACUGUUACAUCAUCCUCUAUACAUAUAAGAGAGGACAGAUCAUCUACACUUGGUGAGUCUGGUAGACCUGUAUAUUUUUAAUUAGAUGUAUUGGUUGAUUGAUUGGUUGAUCGGUUGAUUGGUUGGUUGGUUGAUUGGUUGGUUGGAUGGGUGGGUGGGGGGGAGCUGGAUUGAUUGAUCCCUAUACUUCUUGUGGCAGGCAGGGGGCUAGCAGCACUCUAGAUGAGCUCACAGCUUCAGCCUUCCUAACUGUGGAGCUGGAUCGCUCUCUGGGAGGGAACGCAGUUCAGGUAAGACUAACUCAAAUUAAGAUGAGGAUCUCUUAUUGUCCAAUGUCUAUGAAUGUCCAAUGGAAAUGCAUGUUCUGCUUUAUCCCAACCCCUCCGAAAGACACCCACACACACACUGAGGUUGAAGAGGUUGGAGCAGGGGGUCAGGCCUCGGUGUCAACGUCUAAAAACGAUGUAAAGUUUAUAAAUCAUUUUUUAAAUAUAUCACAGUUGUAAAGUGUGAUACUAGAGGAGGUUAUUCUCUCCAGCCUACUUUGUAUUAAAUCCCUUCAGGGUUUACUUUCCAUGCCUAUGGGGCAUGACGGAAUCUUUUCUCUGUAUGUGAAGUUGGCAUCUCUUAAUCUGAUUUAAUGAAUUAUGACCAAUUGAGCCAAGGGUGCUGCUUGUAGAGACACACUGGGAGAUUCUCAAUUGGUUUUACUAACUCCCCUGUCCUUUCCUCUUUUUGAAAAAGUUCAAAAGGUAAUCGACAUGGAGGGGUUGAGAGGAAAAGUGGAAAUGCACUUGUAUGAAAUGAGACUCUUCUUCUCCACUCGUGCAUCAUCAGGCAAAUCAAUAGUUUAGGUCUAUAAGGUUCUAUCUGCAAAAAGAUGAUUGGUUUUAAAGUUCCAAACCCUCAUUGGAUUGAAUGGUGUCAGCAAUUUUGAUCUUGUAUUAUUUUAAACUUAACAACAUGAAUUGGAGUAUUUAGAGUACUAUAUACAGUAGGUAGAGAACAGUGAACAGAACAAGCCUAUGUCAAUAAAAUUUUUUUGACAAAAAUGCAGAUGGCUCUUAAAAUUAUGUUUACAGGGGUGGAUUCCCAAAAUAAAUGUGUAAAGUGAUCCAAAUUUUUUUAGCUAGUUGGGACAGACAUUUUAUAGAUAAACAUUAAGUAGAGUAUUGUUUUGAAAUGUAUGCAUGCUUUUCUCCUUCAAGAAAACAAUAGCUGAUUCAAAGGGGGUGUGGCUUAUUGUAAAACACUUCUGUGCUAGACGCUGCAAGGAUACUCUUGUGCAUCCUCUGUCGAAGUAGGUAAUUGAGGAGGGGAGCAGACUCCUUCGUUUACCUACUAACUAAUUGACACUCCCCUCGACCACUUAUCGGUUUCUGGGUCACAGAGGAGAGAGGACGGAGUAGUCGAGGAGAGGACGGUCUUUUUGACCAAAUGAGAAUCUCCCACUGUAUAUGUGUUAUAGUGCCACCUAGUGAUUGUCUAUAGCAUAGGUCUCUACCUGACCCUCCAGCGAUGGCUUUGCUAUCCAUGAGCUCCUGUACCAAAUUGGAUAUGCGUUAAUAAUCUCUUUUGGUUUCCUAGGUGAGAGUGUCCCAAGGAAAAGAGCCUGCCCAUCUCCUGAGUCUGUUCAAAGCCAAGCCCCUCAUCGUGUACAAGAGUGGUACCUCACGCAUCGGAGGCCAGGCACCUGCGGCCCCCACACGCCUGUUCCAGGUCCGACGUAACCUGGGCACCAUCACACGCGUCGCAGAGGUUAGAAUGUUCUCCCACACAGACACACACCUAUGGUUGUUUCAUUGGCAGUGAUGGAAGGUAAACACUCAUAAAUGCAGUUUAUACACUAUCUUCUGAAGAGGGUUUAUGCACCGAUUAUGCUAAAUUACAGUUUUUUGCAUUGGCAUUUAUGAUGCUCAUUUGUCGUUUCCUGUCAUCUAGAUGGAGGUCAGCCUUUCCUCAGCUUUUAGUCUGUUGUGUGUGUGUGUGUUGUGGCAGGUGGAGGCGGAGGCUGGCAGCCUGAACUCUAAUGAUGCCUACCUGCUGAAGCUGCCCGCGGGGGGGAGCUACCUGUGGGUGGGUAAGGGCGCCAGCGAGGACGAGGAGCAGGGGGCCCAGUACCUGAGUCAGGUGCUGAUGUGUCAGACACAACGCAUCGUAGAGGGACAGGAACCAGGUGAGAAUAUCAUACAGAUUCCUUGGCCUGGCCCGUAUUCAGAAAGCGUCUCAGGGGAGGAGUGCUAAUCUAGUACUCCUACUCUGAGAAGCUUUAUGAAUAUGGACCUUGAUAUGGCGCCAUAAUAAUGAUGUGAUGUAGUACUCAGGACAGUCACCAGAGGGCACACUGAGACAAGGAAAGUCUCAAGGCAGAUUGAGGUUUUUAGUCCUAAAAUGUAUAUCACCAAUUCAAGAUGCACAGAAACUCAAGCAGAUUUGUUAUGUUUGGUUGUAGCGGACCUCUGGGCAGCAUUAGGGGGGAAGAAGGAGUACCAGACAUCAGAGAGAUUGGAGAGUAAGAGCCUCACUCAACAACCUCGUCUGUUCGCCUGCUCAAACAAGACUGGCAGGUUCAUAGUGAGUACCACACACACAUACACACACGCACGCUCGCACACACACACACACACACACAAAUAGAUUUAAAAUACUCUCUGCAGAUUGAGGAGGUUCCAGGAGAGUUCAGUCAGGAGGACCUGGCAGAGGAUGACGUGAUGCUGUUGGACAUCUGGGAUCACGUAUGGAGCUUGUUACACAUCCCCAAAUUAAAAUGUUCAGCCCAUUUUUACCUCUAUGGAGGUUGCACUAUAUUGAUGUUAAUGUUUUAUGAUAGGUGUUUGUCUGGAUUGGCAAAGAUGCCAAUGAAGUUGAGAGAACUGAAUCUGUAAAAUCCGGUGAGUUAUGGUCCUUGCCUUGUGUGUGUGGGGAGUAAUUUAUUUUUGGUAAAGUAAGUUUAAUGUAUAGUUUACACUACCCGUAAAAAGUUUUAGAACACCUACUCAUUCAAGGGUUUUUCUUUAUUUUUACUAUUUUCUACAUUGUAGAAUAAUAGUGAAGACAUCAAAACUGUGAAAUAACACAUAUGGAAUCAUGUAGUAACCAAAAAAGUGUUAAACUAAUCAAAAUAUAUUUUAUAUUUGAGAUUCUUCAAAUAGCCACCCUUUGCCUUGAUGACAGAUUUGCAUACUCUUGGCAUUCUCUCAUCCAGCUUCAUGAGGUAGUCACCUGGAAUGCAUUUCAAUUAACAGAUGUGCCUUCUUAAAAGUUAAUUUGUGGAAUUUCUUUCCUUCUUAAUGCAUUUCAGCCAAUCAGUUGUGUUGUGACAAGGUAGGGGGGGUAUACGGAAGAUAGCCCUAUUUGGUAAAAGACCAAGUCCAUAUUAUGGCAAGAACAGCUCAAAUAAGAAAGAGAAUCAACAGUCCAUCAUUACUUUAAGACAUGAAGGUCAGUCAAUACGGAACAUUUCAACAACUUUGAAAGUUUCUUCAAGUGCAGUCACAAAAACCAUCAAGCGCUAUGAUGAAACUGCCUCUCAUGAGGACCGCCACAGGAAUGGAAGACCCAGAGUUACCUCUGCUGCAGAGGAUAAGUUCAUUAGACUUACCAGCCUCAGAAAUUGCAGCCCAAAUAAAUGCUUCACAGAGUUCAAGUAACAGACACAUCUCAACAUCAACUGUUCAGAGGAGACUGUGUGAAUCAGGCCUUCAUGGUCGAAUUGCUGCAAAGAAACCACUACUAAAGGACACCAAUAAUAAGAAGAGACUUGCUUGGGCCAAGAAACACGAGCAAUGGACAUUAGACCGGUGGAAAUUUGUCCUUUGGUCUGGAAUCCAAAUUGGAGAUUUUUUGUUCCAACCGCAGAGUCUUUGUGAGACACGGUGUGGGUGAAUGGAUGAACUCCGCAUGUGUAUUUCCCACCGUAAAGCAUGGAGGAGGAGGUGUUAUGGUGUGGGGUUGCUUUGCUAGUGACACUGUCUGUGAUUUAUUUAGAAUUCAAGGCACACUUAACCAGCAUGGCUACCACAGCAUUCUGCAGCGAUAUGCCGUCCCAUCUGGUUUGGGUUUAGUGGGACUAUCAUUUGUUUUUCAACAGGACAAUGACCCAACACACCUCCAGGCUGUGUAAGGGCUAUUUUACCAAGAAGGAGAGUGAUGGAGUGCUACAUCAGAUGACCUGGCCUCCACAAUCCCCCGACCUCAACCAAAUUGAGAUGGUUUGUGAUGAGUCGGGACCGCAGACUGAAGUAAAAGCAGCCAAAAAGUGCUCAGCAUAUGUGGGAACUCCUUCAAGACUGUUGGAAAAGCAUUCCAGGUGAAGCUGGUUGAGAGAAUGCCAAGAGUGUGCAAAGCUGUCAUCAAGGCAAAGGGUGGCUAUUUGAAGAAUCUCAAAUAUAAAAUAUAUUUUGAUUUGUUUAACACUUCUUUGGUUACUAAAUGAUUCCAUAUGUGUUCUGUCAUAGUUUUGAUGUCUUCACUAUUAAUAUACAAUGUAAAAAAUAGUAACAAUUAAGAAAAACCCUUGAAUGAGUAGGUGUGUCCAAACUUUUGACUGGUACUGUAUAUACACUUCUCAAAAAAAUAAAGGGAACACUUAAACAACACAAUGUAACUCCAAGUCAAUCACACUUCUGUAAAAUCAAACUGUCCACUUAGGAAGCAACACUGAUUGACAAUAAAUGUCACAUGCUGUUGUGCAAAUGGAAUAGACAACAGGUGGAAAUUAUAGGCAAUUAGCAAGACACCCCCAAUAAAGGACUGGUUUUGCAGGUGGUGACCACAGACCACUUCUUAGUUCCUAUGCUUCCUGGCUGAUGUUUUGGUCACUUUUGAAUGCUGGCGGUGCUUUCACUCUAGUGGUAGCAAGAGACGGAGUCUACAACCCACACAAGUGGCUCAGGUAGUGCAGCUCAUCCAGGAUGGCACAUCAAUGCGAGUUGUGGCAAUAAGGUUUGCUGUGUCUGUCAGCGUAGUGUCCAGAGCAUGGAGGCGCUACCAGGAGACAGGCCAGUACAUCAGGAGACGUGGAGGAGGCCGUAGGAGGGCAACAACCCAGCAGCAGGACUGCUACCUCCGCCUUUGUGCAAGGAGGAGCAGGAGGAGCACUGCCAGAGCCCUGCAAAAUGACCUCCAGCAGGCCACAAAUGUGCAUGUGUCUGCUCAAACGGUCAGAAACAGACUCCAUGAGGGUGGUAUGAGGGCCCGACGUCCACAGGUGGGGGUUGUGCUUACAGCCCAACACCUUGCAGGACGUUUGGCAUUUGCCAGAGAACACCAAGAUUGGCAAAUUCGCUACUGGCGCCCUCUGCUCUUCACAGAUGAAAGCAGGUUCACACUGAGCACGUGACAGACGUGACAGAGUCUGGAGACGCCGUGGAGAAUGUUCUGCUGCCUGCAACAUCCUCCAGCAUGACCGGUUUGGUGGUGGGUCAGUCAUGGUGUGGGGUGGCAUUUCUUUGGGGGGCCGCACAGCCCUCCAUGUGCUUGCCAGAGGUAGCCUGACUGCCAUUAGGUACCGAGAUGAGAUCCUCAGACCCCUUGUGAGACCAUAUGCUGGUGCGGUUGCCCUGGGUUCCUCCUAAUGCAAGACAAUGCUAGACCUCAUGUGGCUGGAGUGUGUCAGCAGUUCCUGCAAGAGGAAGGCAUUGAUGCUAUGGACUGGCCCACCCGUUCCCCAGACCUGAAUCCAAUUGAGCACAUCUGGGACAUCAUGUCUCGCGCCAUCCACCAACGCCACGUUGCACCACAGACUGUCCAGGAGUUGGCGGAUGCUUUAGUUCAGGUCUGGGAGGAGAUCCCUCAGGAGACCAUCCGUCACCUCAUCUGGAGCAUGCCCAGGUGUUGUAGGGAGGUCAUACAGGCACGUGGAGGCCACACACACUACUGAGCCUCAUUUUGACUUGUUUUAAGGACAUUACAUCAAAGUUGGAUCAGCCUGUAGUGUGGUUUUCCACUUUAAUUUUGAGGGUGACUCCAAAUCCAGACCUGCAUGGGUUGAUACAUUUGAUUUCCAUUGAUAAUUUUUGUGUGAUUUUGUUGUCAGCACAUUCAACUAUGUAAAGAAAAAAGUAUUUAAUAAGAUUAUUUCAUUCAUUCAGAUCUGGGAUGUGUUAUUUUAGUGUUCCCUUUAUUUCUUUGAGCAGUGUAUAUAUAUAUAUAUAUAUAUAUAUAUAUAUAUAUAUAUAUUCAGACCCUUUACUUUUAUGUAUAAUUUAUAUAUAUAUAUAUAUAUAUAUAUACAUUCAGUAUAUACCUUUUAAUAUACACUGAGUGUACAAAACAUUAGGAACACCUGCUCUUUCCAUGACAAAGACUGACCAAGUGAAUCCCAGUGAAAGCUAUGAUCCCUUUUUGAUGUCACUUGUUAAAUCCACUUCAAUCAGUGUAGAUGAAGGGGAGGAGAGAGGUUAAAGAAGGAUUUUUAAGCAUUGAGACAUUGCUUGUGUAUGUUUGCCAUUCAGAGAGGCAAGACAGAAGAUUUAAGUGCCUUUGAACAGGAUAUGGUAGUAGGUGCCAGGCACACCGUUUUGUGUCAAGAAUUGCAACGCUGCUGGGUUUUCCACGCUCAACAGUUUCCCGUGUGUAUCUAGAAUGGUCCACCACUCAAAGGACAUCCAGCCAACUUGAAACAUCUGUGGGAAGCAUUGGAGUCAACAAGGGCCAGCAUUCCAGUGGAACGCUUUCAACACCUUGUAGAAUUGAAUUGAGGCUGUUCUGAGGGUAAAAGGCGGGGCAACUCAAUUUUAGGAAGGUGUUCCUAAUGUUUUGUACACUCAGUGUAUUUGAGGUGUGAACACACUCUUUUCUAUGGUUUAUCCCAUUGAUUGACAGUGUCUAUGUGCUCCCUUCCUUACAGCCAAGACAUACAUAGAGACGGAUCCGGGGGGUAGGGAUAAGAGGACCUCCAUAGUGAUGGUGAAGCAGGGUCAUGAGCCCCCCACCUUCACAGGGUGGUUCCUGGGGUGGGACGCAGCACGCUGGAACUCAGACACCGUGGCCAGGACCAUGAAGACACUGCAGAUUUAGCAUCAAUGAAUCCCAACAGUUAUAACACUGUUAUAACACAGUUUAGACAGUUAUAACGGUUAUAACAUUCACUCUGUAUUCAGCCAAGGUUUACACAUACUAUAUUUACAUUUACAUUUUAGUCAUUUAGCAGACGCUCUUAUCUUAUACAUAUAUUUUUUUUAUACUGGCCCCCCGUGGGAAUACUAGUGUGAAAGAAGUGUAAACUAGCCCUUAAUGGACUAGUGUUGUGCUAAGAAUGUGCAGUGUGAAAAGCCCUUUACUUUUAUUUGUAUUUUUUUGCUUUACAUUUAGGCCUGAUAUGUGUCAGGUGUCAAGAUGAUGUGCACUGCUUGGACAUCUUUGUUGUUUGGUUUUUUUCUCGUUACAAAGACAUAAGACCAAAAUGUUGCUAUUUGUUGUAUUUUUCUGAAUGGAGUUUGUCAUUUGUGUAUUGGUGAGUAU